ACGUCACCGCUUCCGCCCUGCACCCCCCACCCCUCUCUCCCUCUUCCCUCCCCCGGCGUCGGUGGAGCUGCUCGGCUGCCUGCAAUCCAACAUGGAGUAGAGAGAGAGAUGGGGCUCUAGCGGGGCCACCCCUCGGUAACAACAGCGACGACGCGCUUUUACGCACAACUGGAAUUGGAAUCGUCGGUGAAAACAUGCUCCUUUAGGACUUAAAACGGAGUGUGUCCGGGGGGUUGGAUUACCAAAUUGGCCUUACGUUGUUGAAGGCGAUGGGAGUAUUAAACUUAGGAGGGCAUUUGUGAUCCAGAAGCAACUGGUUGGCUCGGGGAAGAAAAAAGGGGAGAAAAGAGAGAGGGAGGCACAGUCAGUCGAAGGCAAGGAAAGAGCCGAGAAUCGCACAAAGGCGCAGGGGGGAUUAUGCGGAAUUGGAGAUAGAAACCAAGGAGCCGAGGUGAAAGAAUGACGAGCGAAAAGUAUGCACCCUCCGUGGCAUAUUACCUGAGGUGAAACGAGAAAAUGAUAGAAGAAACACACCCAAACGAUGACAGCUACAUCGUGCGUGUGAAAGCGGUGGUGAUGACGCGGGACGACUCGAGCGGGGGCUGGCUGGCCCAGGAUGGGGGUGCUCUGAGCAGGGUGGGGGUGUGCCGCCUCCUGCCCCCAGAGCUGGCUCCCUCUCCAGCCUGCAGCACACGCAACAGCACCCACUUCCUCAUCCAUGGCGAACGGCUACGGGACAAACAGGUGAUCCUCGAGUGUCCACUGAGGAAGGACCUGGUGUACACCACAGCCACGCCCACCUUUCACCAUUGGAAGGUGGAGGACAGGAGGUGUGGUCUGUCCUUCCAGAGCCCAGCCGACGCCAGGGCUUUCGAUCGGGGGGUACGCAAAGCCAUCGAGGACCUGGCAGAAGGCUCCACAACCUCCUCCACAACACUCCAGAAUGAGGGCGAGCUGGGUGACGAUGACGUCUUCACUAACGCCACAGACAGUUCAUCCAACUCCUCCCAGAAGCUGGAGAGCUCUCUGCCACCGCUGGAAUCCUCGCCUCUCCCUCAGAGACACAACUGCAUGCCGGGAUAUCGUCACGACCUCCAUGACCCCUACCGGCUCUCAGGCCACUGCUUCCUGGACCAGUCUCUGUCUCGGCUGCCCCGCCACGUCACCUUCCAAGAGGAUGACGAAAUUGUCCGCAUCAACCCCCGGGAGCGCAGCUGGGAGCGGGCCACCGAGCGUCGUCCUGGACGCCACUCGGAGCGCCCAUGGCUCACUGGCUACGAGGACUACCGCCAUGCCACUGUGCGCGACAAGUUCAUCCAUGUGGACGACUCAGAAUCCUACGUCCACUUCGCCAAGACUGAGGCGCAGAAGCAUGACUACACCUACCCGUUGGCACCGGCGCUGUCUCCCUCAGACUCUGACCCCGCCCUCGGACCCUUGGCCAGUAAGGGCCACGGUGGCUCGUAUCGCCACGGUUUCUCCAACGUAGUCUCCUCCCAGCCUUGCCCCUUCCUUCCGGGCUCGUCUCCCUCCAGCAACGGUGGCAAAGGGCGGAAGCUGGACGGCACAGAGCGUGCCCAGUGCGAGCACUGCGGUGAGGCCUUCUACCUUUCCGACAACUGGAGAGGCCGGUGCCAGGACGCACCGGACCCAGUGCGGGCAUGCAUCAGGCGGGUCAGCUGCAUGUGGCUAGCGGACACAAUGCUCUACCACUGCAUGUCUGACCCGGAGGGGGACUACUCAGACCCCUGUUCUUGCGAGGGGGGCGAGGGCACGGGCGGAGGGCGGUUGGGCACACGCUGGUUAGCCCUGCUGGGUUUGUCUGUCGUGGCGCCCUGCCUCUGCCUCUACCCGCCCCUCCACACAUGCCACCGGGCGGGGCUGGCGUGCGGCUGCUGCGGAGGCCGACACAAGGCAGCUAGUUGAGCCGCCAAAAAAAGCUAACCCAACGCAAGCUUGGGACACAAAGGGUGAAAGGAAGGGGUUGGAUGGGACAAGUGGAAACGGCUGCUGUCUCUCUCUUGCCUUGGUUUAGAGACCUGGGUUCCUCUGCAAAUUCCAGACAGACACUGAAAUAAGCCAAAAAAUGUUGGUGCAUUUUCUGAACGGCCUGGGAAGAUAAGCUCCCCCCUAUGACAGACAGUUCUCUCACCUCUCCACAUGGCCAUUUUGUGCUCUUGUUUCUAGUGAGAGAGCGCUCUUUUUCAGGGGGCCCUUUUUUAUAGCUGACUUAUAUGUUAUGUAUCACAUAUGCAGGUACUUUAUAUUUUGUACACUGACUCGGCGUCGAAGAACUUGAAUUCUCUUUGUUCCGUUUUUUUUCCCUUUGGUGUAUGCGUGGCCAUUUUGUUUAUAUUCUGUUCCAGUAUCAUGACCCUCUCAGCUCAACUCCAACUAGAAGACAAGUCAGACACUACACCUCUGUGUUUGUGUGGGUUUGUGUGUGUGGGUGUGUGUUUGUGUGAAUGCUGUGUGUGUGUGUGUGUGUGUGUGUGUGUGUGCCUACAAUGUUUCUGGGCGCUGAGGCCUUCCUUGUCUGUACUGCAGCUUAUGAUAAAGCUAAUGUGUCUACACAGCUCUCAGCCACAGACUUUGUUCACUGAAAAAAACGCGGUACACUUCUUGAUCCUCGAAUAUCCCAAAGAUUACUCUUUUUAUCCUAUUUAUUUUCUCACUGAAUUGAUAUGCCAGCCAAAGGGAGCUGGUUACCAGUCGUGAUUUACUGACCGCUCUACAGAAGGAGACGGUGCCUGGAGUUGUGCUAUGAGGUGCAUUCGUCUCUCCACUCCAUUCACGUUAUUUCAAACAGUGCCUAAAUUAUUAACUUCAACCAGGAACCCACUGCAAUCUUACAAUCCCCAUUUGUUCAGCUUACUCUAUUUCUGUAUACUUGAAGAUUUUUAGGCUCCGAUUUCACAAUUCCUCACGCAGCCUCAGUCAGCAGUCCACAUUGUGUCUUGCACAAGAGCUGAGCUCGGACAGAGGUCAAUCAGAAGUACCGUUACCUCGGUACCCGCUAUGCCUUAAAAAAUGGAGGUAGGGAUGGUUACUCUUGCUCCAAACUAUUCCCACUUUCCCUCUGAGGUUGUCUUUGCUAUAAUGAAGAGUGAGCAUUCAGUCUCACUCUCUAAGCUUGGUUGAAACUAUUUUUGUAUGAAAACGAAUUCUACAGGAGGGUCGUGUCAAGUGUAUAAUCUCUGGACUCCAGUUUGCCUGCGACGUACAAUCAACUUUGAAGACCCUUAGAGAACUAUUGACUCUUAAGACCCAUCCUUCAUUCCUCUCCGUCCUACCCGUGUCGCUUACCACCCAAGUGGAACCCCCUCUACCCAACCACACUCUCGCACUGAAAGCACAAACCAAGAACCGCUUAGGUGCUUUUUGCUUUUUUCUAAGCUAGGUUGAUGGCAGCAUCAGGAAUGUGAUCAGGAAGACAAUAACCAGGUAAAAAUAAAGCAGGAAAUCGUGACCUCCUGUUUGAAAUAAAUGGGAGCGGUGCGUCCAACAAAAAGCUGAAAUCCUGGAGAGAAAAAAAAAACAAAACACAUCCUUGAUUGUUGUGCCAAGGAAAUGUCACUUACUGUAGUUGAAAUAUAGAAUGCUUGAGGAUGUCCUUUUUCCUUUCCCUGGUUUUGUCUGUUUAAUAUAUCCUGUCUUAUGUACCAGUUUGCAAGUGCGUGGUGUGUAUGAGUGUGUAUGCAUGUGUGUUCAUGUCACUUCCCUUUUCCCACUCCAGACAUCUCCAUCCUGGUCUAGAACCAGCAGCUUGAUCAAAAAUUAUUGGGAUUGUCAGAUGAUGCUAUCACUUAUUUACACCUAUCCAGUAUAACAAGAUCCUUUUUAAAAGGUGCGAUGUAUCUGGAAAGAUCAAUCAGAUUGGUAUUGGGAAGAAUGUGUGUUAGCUUUUAAUUGGUUCUGUUUCGUUUGGUGUUUGUCUGUGUCCUCCACAUGUCAGAGCCAUUUACAAGUGCCUGAAAGCAUCCUCUUGUCCUUGUGUAUUUAAAAUCAAAAAAUUAAACAACUCCCUGUAAUGAAUUAGACAUUUUUUUUACGCUAAGUAUUUUUACCUCUGUAAAAAAGAGCAAAAAUUAUAUUAUAUAUAUCAAGUGUAUGUUGUACAUUUUUAUUUCUAUUUUUUUUUAAAUAACUUUCUAACAUGUACGAUGGAUGUAGCUCUUGCUUUCGAGAAGGAACAGGAAGUACUUUGUAGAUACCGAAAGGUGGCCAGGUCUGUGAGAAAACUAAAUGAAAUGUGUGUCUUACCUUCCGCCUCCAAUAAAAUGAGAGAAAAUAGUGAAACCA